AUGUCUGCCUCUUCGCCCUCGUCCUCUCCUCCCCGUGCUUCGACUCCUGGCAUUCGUCACUGCAGCCAACAUGGCCGCUCGAUCGAUGAUCAGAGCCUGCACCUGGACAACGACGGGCUGCGGCCGAGCGCCAAUCAAGCCGAGUUGGCAUUGGGGCUUGGGGGCCUCCGUAUCGAAGGCUUUGACAUCCUCAAGACGUCGGAAAGCAUCGAGAAGCUUGGGGAAACUCUCCGGGCGCCAGGGUCCACCAGACGCGCGGCACGCGCCCUACAUGACAUCGAGCAGCCGACUGAAGAUGCGCCUGAAAACGAGGGACCCCAUGUUGCACGACCCUUCCACAAAUGGGUGCGAUCCUUUCACCGAAAGGCGAGGCAGAGGCCCCCCUUGUGGGGUUCGAACGCUGGAACUCAUCCCCAAUGGUUCCUGGGCCCGGAACACGACGAGCACGUCUCCCCUCGAGCGUCGGGCAAUCAAGAGUCCUCGUCCUCAGGCUCGUCAUUCAGGUUCGUCUCGGCUGUUCGAAGUGCUAGCGUCAGCCUCGCCAGCGUCAGUAUCGUGGCGCGGUCCAGGAGAAACAACGCGCUCUCGCAAUGCGUCUCCCGAACGGAUCGCAGCAGUGUAGCUUCUGCCUCUGGACCAAGGGUCUCCGAAGACAGCGCCAUGCUCGACAAGGUGGACGUGAUCGAUGCGGCCGCGACCGAACGUGCUCUGCAACGGCGACGCAUCUUGGAGGAGCUCAUCAGCACAGAGGAGGGCUACAUUGGAGAUGUUCGCUUUCUCAUGAACGUCUAUGUCACCAUUCUGGCCUCGCUCCCCGCCAUGUGCAUGGGUCUGCGAUCAUCAAUCAACAAGAACCUUACUGAAAUCGUGGAGCUUCAUGAGGAGAUUCUCGGCGAGCUCCAUCAAGCGGUACCUCACUCAGAAUACACCCAGUCUCAAAUGACCCCAAGCCUUGCCACCAGGACGAGCCCGCUUGCGAUCGAUGGGCCGGGGCAUCGCCGAUGGACCAGCGUGGAUGGGGUUAUGGGACACAACAACCGAAUGGCGUACCUUCAAGGUGUUCCUGGGAUGACGACGGAGCCUCAGGUGGCGGCAGAAGUGGCCAAGAUCUUUGCCAAAAAGAUGAAUCGGUUCUUCAUAUAUAAGGAGUAUGGAGCAAAAUAUGAGUUGAUGAUCAAGGACGUUGCCUCGGCCAACCAGGCCAUGCCGCAAUGGGAGACGUAUCAAAAGGGCCUCGAAACGCUUGCGUCAAUCCUCGGCUCCGCCAAAAAUGCCGACGAAAAGUCCAAAAAGGCCCUGACAAUGGGAGACUUGCUGGUCAAGCCCAUCCAGAGGGUCUGCAAAUAUCCGCUCCUCUUCGCCGAACUCCUCAAACACACGCCGGUGUCGGAUUGCCCCAACUCGCACAUGGAAGUUGACAGCGUUCUUACGAGGCUGCGAGAGGCAAUGGCGGAAAUCAAUCGUGCCACCGACGAUUCUCUGACCAAGGCCACGCUCGAGAGAACCUGGCUGCUGCAAGACCGGCUGGUAUUUUCCAACAAGAGGCUUGAUGCCGUGUCCAAGAAUCGAGUUCGCUCCUUUGGCCACAUUCGUCUUUGCGGCACGCUGCACGUCUGUUGGCAAUCACCGAGUGGAGUCGAUGGACAGUACUUGAUCUGUCUUUUAUACCGCGACGUCCUCUGCCUUGCCUCGGCGGGGAAAGCAGAUCAAAUAUAUAUCAUCCAUGCCUGCAUCAAUUUGAACGGGGCUAGCAUUGAGGAUAUCGACAACGGGCGAGGACUCCAAUGCCAUACGGCCCCCUUUUCCUGGAAACUGGUCUUUGAAUGCGACCAUCAGCUGUACGAGAUGAUCAUGACGGCCUGCACGCCAAAGGAGGAGGUGGAAUGGCGGACAAGGCUGUCCCGGCCGGUCAAGGACAGCUCCGAGCCAAGGGAUCCCAGUUGCUUCGGCUCUAUGGACUUGGACAUGAAAAGCCUGGGCACUGUGUUUGGCAAGCCAGGUACCAUUGCUCGGCGCGUGUCAAUUCAUCGGGCCACGACUGUUGGUCCGAAAUCACCGCUGUGCCAAGUUGUGCUGAAGAACACGAGCGUCGUACGGGACACGGCCAGCAGCGCCUCAGCAGCGUUGACCAUCAACCGCUCGCAGUCUCUUCUGGCCACGCAUGCGCGGAUCCGACGUCUGGAGCCGAGAGGUACUUCCUUUUCCGGGCAUGACGACUCGGGCACGGAGCGAACAUCUGGUUCGGGCCUCGGCAUCGACAGUGAUGAGGAAGCUCAGUGUUGCGAGCAUCACCAGUUCCUUCGCUCGGAGAUCUGGCAGUCUAACGCAUAA